AUGGGGAAUUAUCCUUCUGUGUCUGGACCGGUAACCGUCUAUAUAACAACUGAAAAUAAUGCAAUGGUUAACAUUUCAAGUUCUCCAUUUUUGAAUGCAAACAUAAAGUCAAAGACAGAUAAGACAGUCUACUUUAACUCAAUGUCAAUAAUAUCUCUUCCUUUUACUCUAACAUGCGAGUACUUAACAGUUGAACCUAAAGCUGUUAUAGUACAGACUUCUGAGCCAUCCACUGUAACUAUUUUUGAUAGCUUUGGGGAAACUACUAACGAUGGGACGCUGAUUAUCCCAACUAAUAAACUCUCAACAAAAUAUCUCGUUUCUUCAACAAUGCCAGUGUUAAAUUCAGUUGAUUUUUAUAGCCAGUUCGCUAUAGGAGCUCUAUAUGACGAUACAAGUGUACAGAUUGAAUUGAAAAUUGGACAAAAUUCUUCAAUUCAUGUAUUUGGUGGAACAUACAAGGACGGGGAUACUUUCUCAGUAGUAUUAUCAAGACUGGAAACUUUACAGGUCAAUCAUACUACAGAUCUUACUGGAACUUUUAUUACAGCAACAAAACCACUAGCUGUAUUUUCAGGGAAACAAUGUCAAUUAUGGAAACCAAGCCGAUGUAGUCACGUGGUAACGCAGUUACCACCAAUUAGCGAACUUGACACUCAUUAUAUCGUUGCCCCAUUUCACAACAAUGAAAUUACUUUGAUUCGAAUUGUAAGUGCACAGGAAACUUAUAUCAAUUCUAGUUUUGGAGACAAAAAGAUAACAAGGCAUUUAUAUGGGAGAAAUCCCCAAAAUCUGACAGCGACGUCAAACAGCAUAACUGUUAUUGUUUCCGAUCAACCUGUUUUAAUUACUGGAUUUGGAAUGGGAGGUCCAUAUGAUCCUUACAUGACUGUGAUUCCAGGCAUUAAUCAGUAUCUGAGUUAUUAUAAAAUUCCUGUACCAGAAGGAUACACGGAAAACUUUAUUUGUGUGAUUAUUCCUCAAAUUUCCUUAUAUAAUCUUCGAAUCAACGGAAACUCAUUCAAUAAAUUCAAAACAGUGUUUCAGAGCUCAAUUGUUUUGGAAAAUAUUUUCAGCGUAUUUACCAUUCAGGUUGAAAGAGGAAUAUUCAUUUUAUCUACAACAGACAAUUCAAAGUUUGGACUCAUUGUCUAUGGUCAUAGAUAUAGUGAUGGGUACGGUUUUGCUGGAAACUUUCUACUUAACUGA